UUCCGAAAAGAACAAAAAUAACAUUUUACAAGUUUAGAACAAAACGAUCUGACUAUGAACUAACCUAGAACAUAGUUUAUACAAGUUACACAUUACCGAAGGUCAUAAAUCUACCGGGAAAGAAUAGAAAGACGUGUUCGAAGUGAGAGAAAUUUCAUUCGGAAAAUAUCAUAACAAAGAUGGUGGACCGACUGGUGAACAGUGAGGCAAAUACACGGCGUAUUGCCAUGGUGGAGUCCUGUUUCGGGACUUCAGGGCAGCCGUUAAAUGUACCUGGCCGUGUGUUGGUAGGGGAGGGUGUUCUAACAAAGAUGUGCAGAAAGAAGCCCAAACCAAGGCAGUUUUUCCUCUUCAAUGAUAUCCUGGUAUACGGAAAUAUUGUGCUCAAUAAAAAGAAGUACAACAAGCAACACAUCAUCCCUCUAGAAGAAGUUCAGCUGUCAUCAAUAGAAGACGAUGGACAGUUCCGUAAUGGCUGGCUGAUCAAGACCCCAACAAAAUCCUUUGCCGUGUAUGCUGCAACAGCAACAGAGAAGGGAGAAUGGAUGGCACACAUUAAUAAGUGUGUCACCGACUUGCUGCGUAAAAGUGGCAAGAAGGCAGCAGAGAAACAUGCUGCUGUGUGGGUACCAGAUGGUGAGACGCAGGUGUGCAUGCAUUGCAAGAAGACCCAGUUCACUCUUAUCAAUAGAAGGCAUCAUUGUCGCAAGUGUGGAAAAGUAGUGUGUGGACCAUGCUCUAGCAAGAAGGUUUUGUUGAUUCAUCAGUCCAACAAACCCCUUCGUGUGUGUCUUACUUGCUAUGACGAAUUGUCCUCGGCGCAGACAGAGACUGGAAAUGAGACACCCAUCAACUCAAUGGCAGGUAGGAUGAUUGACAUCACAUUAGAGGGUGAUGAUAUAGGAAAGGAUAGUGAUUCCAAUGAGGACAUAAGCAUCGCGCAGUUGGAUGAUCCAAAUAUGGAAUUGGGUCCAGUUCCCCCUCCUCGACGUACCUCCAGAGCCCGAACUGGGGAGGACAAGGAUAAACAGGAAGGAAGCAUCGGGACUGAUCUCGUUGACAUUCCUUGCGACUUGUUUGGGGAUCCAAACGACAAGCAAGACGAUGAUGCCCUUCCACCUACCCUGUGGUGGGAUGACAUUGAUUUGAAGGAACCACUUUCUGAUGGAGAGGGAGAGGAAGGUAUGAAAGAGCGAAACGACUCUUCCGGAGAUGAUGACUCGGAUGACGACACGGAUGACCCUUCACUGCAGUCACCCCAGUCGCCAACAGAG